AGGAGGCCGACAUUGCCGCAGAGCAGCAGGAGACAGAAAAAUGGCGGACCAGGGGAAAAUCUGUCCCGAGCCGUUGCCCUGCCGUGUCAACCACACGCAGAAAACGUUGUUGCAGGGGAAGCUUUUCGUCUUUCUCUGUAUGCUCAUAGUGGAUUCCGGAGGAGCCACCACACAUUGGGUCGUCACAGAGGACGGGAAAAUUCAACAACAAGUGGACUCCCCUUUGAAUCUAAAACAUCCUCAUGAUGUGGUCAUCUUCAUGAGACAGGAAACCCGCGUAAACUACCUCAAGACACUGGAGAAGCAGCUAGUAGCACAAAAGAUUCACAUAGAGGAAAAUGAAGACCGAGACACCGGUCUGGAGCAGCGACACUACAAAGAGGAUUCAGACUGUGUAAUGGCUAAAGUGCCACUUGGGGACCUGGAUCUGUAUGAUGGUACUUAUAUCUCCUUGGAGAGUAAAGACAUAAGCCCUGAAGAUUAUGUCGAUUCACGAUCUGCUCUGCCCCCAGAUCUAGAGAAGCCAGACUGCGCUAAAGUAAUUGAACUCCCUUAUAGCAUCCAUGCCUUUCAGCAUCUCAGGGGCGUACAGGAGAGGGCAAACUUGACCUCCCCACUUCUUUCUAAGGAUGAUCCCAUUUUUAGCUCUUUGCCUAAAAAGUUUGGUCGCACUGUUGACGAAGUGGGCCACCGCAUCCAUCAGAGCCUGCUAAAGAAUUCAUCUUCCUGGGUGUUGUACAACAUGGCAUCGUUUUACUGGCGUAUGAAAAAUGAGCCUCAGAGGGCAGUGGAAUGUGUAGUGCGUGCUUUGCAUUACUCUCCAAGGCAGCACAAGGAUAUAGCACUGAUAAACAUGGCCAACAUCCUGCACCGUGCCCAUUUCUCAGCUGAUGCCGCUAUUCUCGCCCACGCUGCCCUUGACCUUACCUCAGAUCUCUUUACUAGUCAUUACACAUUGGGCAACAUUUACGCUAUGCUUGGGGAAUAUAACCACUCAGUGCUGUGCUAUGAGCAGGCACUGCAGGCCCAGCCAGGCUUUGAGCAGGCCCUGAGGAGGAAACACGCUGUGCUCUGUCAGCAAAAGCUGGAACAGCGCCUGGAAGCCCAGCACAGAUCCCUUCAGAGGACACUGAACGAGCUGAAGGAGUACCAGAAGCAACAUGACCACUACCUCCGCCAGCAGGAGGCGCUGGAAAAACACAAGCUGCUGCAGGAAGAACAGAUCGUACGCAAUAUUAUCCAUGAAACACAAAUGGCCAAAGAAGCUCAACUUGGAAAUCAUCAGAUGUGCCCGCUGGGUCAGCAGCAGCGCCGUCUGUACUGCCCCUUCGACCUCCCUGUGCGCUAUCAUCGGGGGGACCUUUUUGAGCACAUCCACCAUGUCCAAUUUGGAGAGGCGGUCUCUGUAGCUUCCAGCGUGGCGCUCGUAUCAGAGCGCAGUUCAAACCAGACGGCUUCCAGCCCCCAGCUGCGUCCUACUGUGUCCGGUGAUCAGGACCCUGCUGCAGUCCUCUGGGGCAGCCAUCAGGAUUACACACAGGACACACAGAAGACGCUGUGGCCUCAGAGGUCAGACUGUGCCCACAAAUACCCAAAUAUACCACCUGCUCACCUGCUGCCAACCUACUACCUUUCACCUGAGACACAGGGCCUUGGCCCUUUGGCAUCUCUUCUGUAUAGCAGCACAGCCCUCUUUCCAGCUGGCGGUCCACCUGACUGUAGCCCGGUCCCCCAGCCAUACCCAGCCUUCCUGCCUGCCUCAUUAGACUGGCCCCUGGAAGAAAAGGAGUUGCCAGAUUCCUUUGCGUCUGAGACGCUACAGUCACGCAGCGGAGGAUUUACACUGGAGCAAGUUGGCGAUAGGAUAGCACAAGCUAUGAAAGAAGCCACUAUCCCCACCUGGCUGGUCCACUUUGAGGCGGCUCUGUUUUGGCAGGCCAAAGGCAACGGCAGUCGUGCCUUGCAGUGCCUGCGCCGGGUGUUGCACUCGGCUCCACCUUCUCACCAUCACGUGGCCCUCACCAAUGCUGCUAACCUCCUGCUGCACUACGGUUUGACCUCCCAGGCACAAACACUGCUGGACCAUGCGUUGGCACUCAAUGCAUCUGAGCCCCACGCCCUGCUCAGCCUGGUGAAUGUGCAUUUGGCCCAGAGCAAUGUGACAGGAGCUCUGGCCUUGUUCCGCCACAUUCUGGAGACGACCCCGUCCUCGUCGUCUUCCUUCUCGUCCUUUUCCGGCUGCAAGCAGUGUCGCAGCAGCCUGCCUUUACUACGUUGUCUUCAGUUCUACCCCUCCCUUUACAAUCUUUCCCAACGACAGCCGUGCUCACAGGAGGGAACCUGCAUGACUGAGAAAGACUUUGGCAUACAGCUGGAGGAAUGGGAGGAAAGCGAAGAGAAGCAGGAUGCCAGAGCCAAUUCUGCCGUCGAAGACACGCUGCUCUUUGAAAAUGUUGUCCUAGACAGUAAUGGCUCAGGUGAAGCAGUGACGCAGCAGCAGGCAUCUCCCUCCACAACAGGUGCUUGCAAAAUGCCGUCUUCCUCAGGGGAUGGCGGGGUGGAGAAAGAGGACGAGUGGCAGCUGAAGGAGGACCUGAUGGGAGCGUUUGAGGGAGCGCUGGACGUGGGAGGGAAACGUGGAGACCUGCAGUGCAUUAGGGUGCUCAAGAACGAGCGCGUCUCGGGGGCCCGUGACGAUGGCGAGUGGAUCACCGUCCAGGUAAAACGGGUCCGUAAAACCAAGGCCGACGGGUCAGAGAGCGCCACCAUCUCUGAUGACAGUCAAAACGAGGAGUCGCUGUCUGGAGGAAGCUCCGUACUGGAAAUCAGCGGUCCGACUAUUCCAUCUCCCUGUCCUUCAGGUCGUUGGAGAGACUACACAAGUCUUGGCUGGCCUGGACCAGAGGAGUGCCAGCGCACGCGGAGAGUUGACCUCACGACUGUAGCUAGUACUUGGUUGGCUGUUUCUGCCAAGAAUAUUGACAUCACAGAGCACAUAGACUUCGCCACCCCACUCCAGGAGCCUGCAGCCGAACCGUUAUGCAACGCCAACCUAGCUGCCAGCAUGCACACGCUUGACCACCUGACAGGCGUGGCCAACCGCGCCUCCAUCCAUUACACAGGCGAAGCGCAGCUACGAGAGGUCCUGCAGAACCUCGGUAAAGAUAAGUUCCCCCCCCAGUCAUUUGAGCAGGUGGGAACCCGCAUUGCUAAAGUCUUGGAGAAGAAUCAGACAUCUUGGGUAUUAUCCAGCAUGGCGGCACUAUACUGGAGAGUGAAAGGUCAAGGCAAGAGAGCCAUCGACUGCCUGCGGCAAGCCCUCCACUACGCCCCUCAUCACAUGAAGGAUGUACCACUUAUCAGCCUGGCCAACAUCUUUCAGAACGCUAAGCUGUGGGAGGAUGCCCUUACAGUUGCCUGCAUGGCUGUAGAAAUUGCUCCGCACUUUGUUGUGAACCACUUUACCCUUGCCAACGUCUACAUUGCAAUGGAGGAGUUUGAGAAAGCCAUGCAGUGGUACGAGUCCACUUUGAAGCUGCAGCCAGAGUUCGCCCCCGCCAAAGAUCGACUGAGAACCAUCCAGUGUUACCUGCUCACCAAGAGGGAGUGUCAUCAGCCUUAAGCCUGGCAGCCCCAUCUCAGGCGUGACCCAGUGAUCAUAAACGCAUCAGGCACACGCACACGUUCAGACAUUCUCUACCACAGAAUAAUUUGAAUAAAUUGAAAAUAUAGGAAAGUUGAAAGUCAACAGUCAUAAUUUUGUGCAAUCUGGGCCCUUUUUUUUUUUUUUUUUUUAUUCCUCCGUUGGUGGUCAAACCCACCCGUAUUGAUUGGGUUGAAAUAGCCCCACACAACUGCAAGAGCUUUGCCAUUCAACAAUCAAGAACUUAUGAUGCUCAUAUCAUGUUUUUUUUUCUUUUUCUGUUUGCUUAACUAUAAAAUAUAAGGGAUAUCAAAGUGAGUUAUACUUUUAAAGUCCAACUACUUCUGAUGCAACUUUUAAUUCAACCUGGGCCAACUAGAAAACAUUAUUGUUGUUGUUCUUGAAGACAUUUUAAAAAUAGCAAAUAACAUCCUGUUUUUACCCCACUGUUCUCAAGAAUAAUGGCAUAUAAUAUCCUGAAGGUGGUGCCAGAUUUACAUGUAACGUAUUACAAUUGUAACUGAAGAGGAUGUGAUGCAGUAUUUUCAAACAUCUUGUUCUGGGAUGAUAGGGAUUGUGCUUCUCAACUCAGAAGUUAAACGAGUUUUAAUUGAGUGAUUAAUGCCCUCUCUAUGCUUCUUAGAAUAAACGGGAGUCCUCGGUUUAUGCACUUUUUCUUUUAUCAUUCCUAUUUAUAUUGGACCUACAGAUUGAUUUUGCUACGAGCUAAUUUAAAUAUAAAGGUGAAAAUUUCAUGCUGUUUCAUUUGCUUCUCAACAUGUGGAAAUUACCUGGCAGAAAAGGAUUCGUCAUUCUGUCUAAAAAAAAAAAAAAAAUCAAAUCUGUAUUAAAUGUACAGUAUUAAA